UAUGAUUGUAUCUGAAUGUGUAUCUGUGCACAUAUGUGUAACGUGUGGCUGUCUGCUAUCGCGAUCGUCAUCUGCAUUUGAUUGUGUAUUUUGAGUGCGCGUGUGUAGGUAUGUGUAAAUGUGUGCGUUGUGCAGCGGCAUAAAAGUUGAAUUGGUGCAAAAAGCAGAUAUACAAAGUGAAGUAGUAAAAGAAUUAAAGAAUUCAUGGCAUUAAAUUUGGCAUUGAUCAAAGGUGUAGGCAAUUUAUCUUUAAAUGAUUACAAUCAACAAAUACACACUUGUAUUCGAAUCGACACACACAUAUAUAAUUAUAUCGGAGUGCGCACGUAUGUAUGUAAAUCACAAUUGACACAAAAAUGGGCGUCACUUUUUACGCAAUGCUUUCCAAUAAAGCGUGAGAUUGCACUUGGAGAACAGAAAAUGGAGGACAAAUCUUGUUAUCCCUAUAUCCAAUUAAGAUCAUAUGGACUGCUGUAUCAUGCCAUUCAUCAAAUUUGUGGCGAUAUUUAAAAAUAAAAUUUAGAAAUCCGGAAGAUAUAAACCAUGCCGCAUACACAUACGCGUCAUGGAUCAUCCGGUGAUGAUUUAGGCAGCACGGAUGAAGUUAAGAUAUUUAAGGAUGAAGGCGAUCGCGAAGAUGAGAAAAUAUCAUCCGAGAACCUUUUAGUCGAAGAAAAAUCAAGUUUAAUUGAUUUAACAGAGAGUGAGGAAAAGAGCAGCAAGACGGUGACUCGGCCGGAUCACAGUCCCGUGUUUAAUAAACUUGAGCCUCAUACCCCGACCUUUAACAUGGGAUAUUUGGUGUCUCCGUAUUCGUAUGCUAAUGGAACGAGUGGCCUGCCCGUAACUAUGGCAAAUAAAAUUGGUCUACCUCCAUUCUUUUGUCACAACGGAGAUCCAUUAACAACACCUCCGCCUGCACAUUGUGGAAUACCUCCUUAUCAGCUGGAUCCUAAGGCAAUAGGUCUUACGCGUCCUGCUUUGUAUCCAUUUGCUGCCACGCAAUAUCCUUACCCGAUGCUAAGUCCCGACAUGUCUCAAGUAGCAUCAUGGCACACACCGUCUGUAUACUCAGCAUCUAGUUUUAGAACACCCUAUCCCUCCUCGUUACCAAUUAAUACAACGCUGCCAAGCGAUUUCCCAUUUCGGUUCUCACCGAGUCUGUUGCCUUCGGUUCAUGCCACCUCACAUCACGUAUUGAAUUCCCAUCCAGCGAUUGUGGCAUCCACAUCAAAACAGGAUUGCGGCAUACAGGAUUCCACAACGAACAAUCGAUAUUCAAGAAAUUUGGAUACGAAAAGCUCAUCAAAUUCGCAAGCUAACGACUGUAAAGAUAGUUCAAAUGACAAAAAGAAACCACAUAUCAAGAAACCAUUGAAUGCAUUUAUGCUCUAUAUGAAGGAGAUGCGAGCCAAAGUUGUUGCCGAGUGCACACUCAAAGAGUCAGCGGCGAUAAAUCAAAUACUGGGUAGACGGUGGCACGAACUUUCCCGCGAAGAACAAAGCAAAUAUUAUGAAAAAGCGCGACAAGAGCGCCAAUUACAUAUGGAAUUGUAUCCGGGUUGGAGCGCUAGAGAUAACUACGGUUACGUUUCAAAAAAGAAAAAGCGUAAAAAAGACAGAUCGACUGCGGAUUCGGGAGGCAACAAUAUGAAGAAGUGUCGAGCGCGCUUUGGACUGGAUCAGCAGAAUCAGUGGUGCAAGCCCUGCAGACGUAAAAAGAAAUGCAUACGCUAUAUGGAGGCAUUGCAUGGAAACGACGGCCAUGAGGAAGGCAGUGGCAUGGACGAUACUGGCAAUCUGAGCCAGCUGAGCGAUGAUGAUGAUGAUGAUGAUGAAGAUCUGUUAAUGAGCGGCGGCGGUGGCAUUGGCAGCUCUGGUAGCGGAGAUGAGAUGAUCGAUAUGAAUCGAGAUAAAAUUGCCGACAAUGAGGACACGGAGUCAAUGAGUCAAUCGCUGUCAAGCCCAGGCUGUCUGAGCGGCCUCUCCAGCCUACAGAGUCCAUCGACAACCACCAGUGUGGCCAGUCCGCUUAAUAUAAAUAUGUUAACUAGUCCAAUGACGCCUGUCACCAACACCAACCCCAACAAUAACAAUAGUAAUGUAGCUCCGCUUUCUGUUAUUAACACCAGUAGUACCGAACAGACGUUGACGAGUAGUCAGUUAUUAAUAUCUGGAUCUGGUUCCGGUUCCAGCAUCAGUUCAACAUGUAACAUUAGUAAUAAUACACCGAAUACCUCUAGCACAGCUUCAUCAGUGACUGCUGCAACACCAAACUCUUCUAAUGAGCGUGCCAUGAUGCUCGGCAAUCGCUUCAGCCAUCUAGGCAUGGGCCUUAAUCCAGAUCAGCUAUUCCCCGCUGCAGCUGCAACUAUCAGCAGCAGCAGCACUAUCGCAGUUACCUCUUUGGCAACAAAUGGCUUCAACAGUUAUAGCAAUUCGAGUAUGAAGACAACGUCUAUGACGAUUGCUUCACCCAUACCUACAUCGACAUCGGUAUUGGCAUCGGUAUCGGCAUCAGUAUCGGCAUCGGCAUCGGCAUCGGCAUCAACAUCGGCAUCCGCAUCUGCAUCGAUACCUGCAAUAAGCCUGCAUCGCAAUCCGAUUGGCGCCAAUCCGCGUGACAUUAACAAUCCGCUCAGCAUCAAUCAAUUGACCAAGCGCCGAGAGCAUAACAAUAUUGCUCUGUUGGAAACUCAAUCGACCUCAGCGAUUUUAGCCCAUAAUCCUUACACGCACUUGAAUUCGCCACAUCCGCACACGCAUCUACAUUCGCAUACGCAUCCGCAUCCCCAUCCGCAUCCUCAUUCGCAUCACUCGCUCUUUAGCAGCAGCUUCAGUCAACAUUUCCAGCAACAGUUGAGCAACCAUCUAGCAGGCACAGGCAGCAGUAUCAACAACAGUAACAGCAACAGCAGUAGCAACAAUCACAUCGGUUCAGCCGUCCAGGCCAUUGACACGCCCACUUUAAGCAGUAUAAAACGUCGGAAUACAUCUGAUUCGCCAGCAGCGACUGGUAGUAACUCGGCACCCAGUUCAACUGAGACUGGAGCAAUAAGCGUUUCGUAGCAGUCUGGCAGCGGCAUGACUUUAGCUCUUGUAUCAAUCAGCCUUCGUCACCUGACAAUAUUGCCUUACCAACACUCACUCAAACGGAAGCGCUUCGGAUUAGUGGUUUAUGGCAUAUAUCAGACUAUUGUCGGUCAGUCUGUCAGGUCGUAUCGCUCUUACUUCAGGAUCAGCAUACGCCAAGUAGCCAAUUAGCUAACGUGCAAUACAGUACCACGACUCGCUCCGCUUCACCCAUCAUCUCCAUUGCCAUAGUUGUAACAAAUGUAACAUGUGGCCAUUAUUGGAUAAGUGCCAAAAGUACUCACCUUCCUAUAAACAUGCAUAUAUAAGCACACAUGUACACAUACAUAUAUACACGAAUUUAUUAUCAAAAAAUACACAGUAUGUUAUAUACAUACUUUAUCAGCCAACAAGAAUUAUUAUCAGCCAAUCGGCAAUCCAAGUGUGUACCCUAGUCCAACACACGAUAUGAUUCUAUGAAUGCCAAGUCAAAGCAACAUCAAAGUCAAGUCACUAACAUAUAAU